AUGCGUGCGCUGAUCGGAGAGUUUUUGAUAUCGUUCAAACCCGAAGUGGGUGCGCUUUCGUUCCCAAAUGCGUUCGUUUCCAAUGGUCUCCAGCGUAUUCCCCUUGCAGGUUGUGCCGAGCUGGAGCCGGGAGACGUAAUUGAAGUGUCUGCCGCGCCGCUACUACGAGUACCGGUGGAAACCCUGAAGGCGGCACCAUCUUCGAUUCCUACCGGCCCCACGGCCUCUACAUCACCACCUCGGGUCAACGUCGUGGGCCCCAUGUCGGGGACUCGCCGCUCACCGGACCCAGCCUCCGCCCCGCCUCCUCCGAAGCCGCCUCCACAAGAAGUACUGAAAUGCUUCGCUGAGGCACAGCGCUCCAGCUUCAUGCGCUUGUGGGCUAGGCUGCCCGCACAUAUGAACAUCGCCUUCGAUCUACACAAUCCGGGAUGGACACCCGAGGUUAUUGAUCGGUUGGCGGACGCCCUUGUUGAGUAUUUUGACGUGUUCUCUACUUCGAAAACUGAUUUUGGUUCCUGCACCAUCAUGCUUUUCACUCUUUCUGUCCCAGCAGGGACGAAGCCCGUUGCGUCACGCCAGUAUCGUUUCAGCCCGAUAGUACAAAAGAAAGUGGAUGCCGUUUUGGGCCAGUAUUUGGCGGCAGGGCUCAUUCAGCAUUCCACGUCUCCGUGGGCUUCUCCUUUAGUUGUCAUCCCCAAGAAGGACGGAUCGGUUCGCAUCACCAUCAACUACAAGCGUCUCAACGCCCUGAUGGAUUUGGAUGGACAACCUCUCGCUCGGGUGGACGGUAUCUUGAAUUUUCUGUACACCGGGAAAGUGUUCUCCAUUAUCGACCUCAACUCGGCUUUUCACCAGAUCGGAGCCAACGCAAGUCCGUCUUGGUUCGUCAAGGUCAUCAACAGAGUGGUGCACGAUCUGGAGCGUGUGCUUGCGUAUCUGGACGACGUCAUCUGUUUCGAUCAUGGACCUCUGGAACACGUGCUGAACAUGAUCGAGUUCUUCAAACGACUGCGACAGUACAACCUCAAACUGUCUCCAGGGAAGGCUCGCGUCGGCGCCACGCACGCCAACUUCCUCGGUCACACCAUCUCUCCGGCCGGUCUACUACCGGAAAUUCCUCAAGAAUCUCGUCACCAAGGUGCGAUCUCUCAACUAUCUUCUCAAACAAGGCGUGCCCUUCAAGUACACCCCGGGCAUGGUCAAGGUCGUCAAAACAUUGUUAAACGAACUCGCUCGCCCCCCGAUUGUGGUCUCCCGGAUUGGGCAGCAAUCGAGGACAACAGCCGUCCUCUUCGUUUGUGUUCCGACGCGUGUAUCGACGGCUUUGGCGCCUCCUUGGAACAAGAACAUCUCGAUGGCUCGGUGAGACCCAUCGUGUACAUCAGCCGCGCUACUCUUCCUGUGGAGCGUUACUGGACCGUUUUGGAUCUGGAGGUUCGUGGCAUUGUUUGGGCCAUCAAACGCCUUCGCGGUUUUCUGUGGUCGACCAAGUUCAUCAUCUAUUCGGACCACAAAGCCUUGGAGAGCAUUGGCAAGGUUGGGGAACACAACGCUGGGGUGCAACGGUGGCUGGAGUUUCUGUCCAACUUCACCUACACCCUGGAGUAUCGGAAAGACCGUUUCAGUCGGAGAGCCGACAAGUUCGCUGUCACAGCGGCAGAGUGUACGGCGAAAGGGACGGCUCACAUCUUCGUCAACCAGUACAUGACCAAGUGGGGAUGUCCGACUACAUUAUUGUCGGACAACGGACUGCAUUUCUGCUCGAAGCUCUCCAUGGCGAUCUACGAGUUGACGAAAAUCAUGAAGGUCACCACCAGCUGCUACCACCCGCAGACCAACAGCGGCACGGAACGCGUCAAUCACACGAUGGCCAACAUGCUUGCGGUGGUCGUCAACGAACAGCAAAACGAUUGGGACAUACAUCUCCCGCCGUUAAGUUUGCCUACAACAAUGUCGUCAACCGGUCCACUGGUUUGGCGCCAAACGAGAUCCACAUCGGACGCAUCCCGCGAUUUCCCCUCUCGGUCUUCGAUCAUCCCACGAUCGGUGGUCAUCAAAGCUUGGCCCGCGAUCAACUCGAGUAUUGCAACCUGGCCGUCGAUCGCCAGCGCCGGGCCUACGAACUUGUCCGUGCUCAAGGCCAAAUUCGCACUCUCCUGGACGGGGCCCUACAAUGUUUUNCUGCUGGACGCCAUUCACAAGCUCCCUCAGUUUACCGUUGGCGGGUGGACUUGGGUGUACAUCACGGCUGCUACGAUUCGACAGGGUGUGCAAAAGGACACGGACCAACAGGUGCUCAAGGCCAAAUUCGCACUCUCCUGGACGGGGCCCUACAAUGUUUUUGCGGUGGGUCCCGCUUCUGCCGACGCCACCCCGGACGGCAGCCCGUUGGCGCGUAAACUCCUCUACCUGGACCUGACUUCCGGUCUUUCCGGCCCAGCAACUCGAUGUCGCGUGUCUGUCCUUCGUUGCAAGCUCUGUCGCGAUCCAUACGAGACGGACGACUUGCCGCAGUCUCUACCCGCCGAGCUUUCGCGUUAUGUUCUGCACUCUUUCGGAGACAAAUCUCCACCGUUCCACGUCACCGCGGAUGAUGUGUCGGUGCCUGUCGGGCGCCUCGAGGUCGACUACACCUCGGGACAUCAACUGGUGCGGGGCCGUAGCGGCGUUCUCGCUGUCCUGUACCAGACGCAUUGGUUAGGCCUAACUACUCCUUCAUGGGAACGGGAAUCCGACCUCGAUCGAUUCCGUCGACACAUCCUCUUGCGCUGGUUCCGGGAGGUCUGCCAAAGCAAGCAGGGUAAUCGUGCAUAUCGAGUGGCUCGGACUCGCGCGGCACAGCGGGAGCUAGCCCGGAGUCGUGGAGAACACUAUUUGCCUCAUGGGGCUGAUCUUGUGCUUCACGCGACUUGGCUUCGUGGUUUCAGCACUUCGCCCCUCCCUGUUGGCGCGCGGCUGUGGUACAAGGCCAGCGAUGGACUNGCUCGGACUCGCGCGGCACAGCGGGAGCUAGCCCGGAGUCGUGGAGAACACUAUUUGCCUCAUGGGGCUGAUCUUGUGCUUCACGCGACUUGGCUUCGUGGUUUCAGCACUUCGCCCCUCCCUGUUGGCGCGCGGCUGUGGUACAAGGCCAGCGAUGGACUGUGGUGGACCGGACGUAUUGGUGCUCAUUAG